AGAUCGCGGAUCAACACUCAAUCGCCAAGCUAUCGACAAACAAUAUUACAUCGUCGUAUAUAUUAUUAUAAUAAUAUUAUAUAGUAAACGUUACUUCCGUUUAGAAAAUAUUAUUAUUUCCUGUAUUCGGUCAAAGAUAACUGUGUCGCGGCAUACACACCGUCGGGGCGGUACGACUGUACAGUAGGUAGACGACGACUGGACCGAGAGUGUGGAGUGAUCGGACCGCGGCACACGAUGGCCGUGAUGAUCGCUUUCGACGCGAUGUGCUCGGCGUUGCGGGACAGGACCCGGCCGUGGGCGGCGCCGUUCGUCUGGCUGGAGGGCAAGACCGGCAUCGAUCACGUGAAACUGUCGGCCGGCUGUCUGCUGGCCGCCGCCAUGGUCGUCUUCGCGUCCGGGUACACGACCAUGCUGGUCAGCAACCUCUUGGGAUUCGCGUACCCGACGUACGCCACCGUCGAGUGGAUGGUGAAGGACGACGAGCGCCGCGAAACGCUGUCGUCGUCGCCGCCCACGGUGCCGCCGCCGGUGCCCGCCGGCCGGUCCGGCCGCAACGCGCCCGUGCCGCCGGCCACGCGGUGGCUGACGUACUGGACGACGUUCGCGGCCGUGCUCGUGGUCCAGCAGUUCUGCGGCGAGGUGCUGCGGUUCAUACCGUUCUACUUCCUCACCAAGAUCGUGUUUUUCGCGUGGUGCGCGUUGCCGAUGGAAGCCAACGGCUCCGCGUUCGUGUACAGACUCGUCGUGCGCGACCACCUGAAGCCGUUUUUCCUGACCCGCCCGGCGGACGAGGCCUGAACCGUUUUUUAAUCGCAUUAUAUCAUAAUAUUACAUAAUCCUAAAUUUAUACGAAUCACGAUUUCUAUAUAAGCUACUUAUCAGCUACUUGUCAUUGCAGCACACGCGAGACGUACCCGCCUAACGAGUGUUUUGUGUGUAUGUAGUACAUUUAUAUACGAAUGUUAUAACGUUUUUCUUUUUUGUCAUAAAAACUGAAAAUCAAUGUUAUUGUUAAACGUAUAGGUAUAUAGCCUUAUAGGUACGUAGGAGAUAUAAUAUGGGCAGGACGUGAAAAACCCACGAUUGAAAUUUUAACGAUUUGUAUUAUAUAUACCUAUAUAAUAUUAUAUGUAUUAUUAUUUUUUUUAUAUCGGGCAGAAAAAUAUUUGAUAAAAGAAUAAAGUUUUAAAAUAAAUAAUUAUUUUUACAAAAA